AUGGCCGGCCAGCCCAUCAUUCCGUCUGCCGUCGGCGCCAAGAAGGCUCUUGGCCUGGUGGAUCUUGACGGCCAUGACUUGCCGCCAUCGCCAGCACCUUCCAGCCCGUCGAACGGCCGCCGCCGUUACGCUCUGGCGACCGAGCUGGUAUACACAGAAACCAAGGAUCAGUAUGGCGCCUCCAGCAUCCCCAUCUACCAGUCCGCCACCUUCAAGCAAUCUUCAGCAGCCGGUGGCAACAGCGAGUAUGACUACACACGCUCAGGGAAUCCGACGAGGACGCACCUGGAGCGUCACAUGGCCAAGAUCAUGAACGCUAACCGUGCCCUGGCUGUUGGCUCUGGCAUGGGCGCCUUGGAUGUGAUUACGCGCCUGCUGCGUCCCGGCGACGAGGUCAUCACCGGAGAUGACCUGUACGGAGGUACCAACCGUCUGCUCACCUACCUCUCGGCGAACCAGGGCAUCAUCGUCCACCACAUUGACACCACCGACAUCGACCGCGUUGCUGCCACAGUCUCGCCCAAGACUGCCAUGGUCCUUCUCGAGACGCCGACGAACCCACUCAUCAAAAUCGUCGAUGUUGCCACCAUUGCCCGCGCCGCCCACGACCGCAACUCUAAAGCCCUGGUCGUCGUUGACAACACCAUGCUUUCCCCCAUGCUAUGCAACCCCCUGGAUCUUGGCGCCGACAUUGUGUACGAGUCCGGAACCAAAUAUCUCUCUGGACACCACGACAUCAUGUCGGGCAUCGUUGCCUGUAACGAUGCCGCUCUGGCCGAUCGCAUGUACUUCACCGUCAAUGCUACUGGCUGCGGACUCUCGCCGAACGACUCUUUCCUGCUCAUGCGCGGCAUCAAGACGUUGGCUGUGCGCAUGGAAAAACAGCAGGCCAACGCCCAACGCAUAGCCGAGUUCCUCGAGUCCCACGGCUUCCGUGUCCGCUACCCGGGCCUGAAGUCGCACCCGCAGUACGAUUUACACUGGUCCAUGGCCCGGGGCGCCGGUGCUGUUUUGUCCUUUGAGACGGGCGAUGCGGAACUGUCUCAACGCAUCGUCGAGGCCGCACGCCUAUGGGCCAUCAGCGUCAGCUUUGGAUGUGUCAACAGUCUCAUCAGCAUGCCUUGCCAGAUGAGCCAUGCGAGCAUCGAUGCCAAGACGCGCAAGGAAAGGCAGAUGCCGGAGGACAUUAUCCGGCUUUGUGUCGGGAUUGAGGAUGUUCAGGAUUUGAUAGACGAUCUCUCCAGAGCCCUUGUAACUGCCGGUGCCGUCUCCAUAACUGUUGACGGAUUCCAUGCCACAGGCACUGCCUUGGAGCUCGGCCAGACACCGCUGACAACGACGAAAAAUGACGGCCCCGCACAAUAA